AAUGUACGUGUGUCAUAAUGUAACAUGUAUACGUUCUACUGGUUGCCAAUGGCUACCAUUCGGUCCAUGGUUCUGUAGAAAAAUUAAGGGAUAUAUUAUAAUGGAUAAUAUUAAGCGAUUUGACAUAGAAUUGGAGAGGGAAUACUACUACGCCGGUGAAAGAGCAAAAGGAUGGGUGAUUGUUGAUGUUACCGAAAAUCUAAAGGUCAGAGGAGUUCGUGUUUUGUUGAGGGGAAAAGCUCAUGUUGAAUGGAAAAUUACCAAAGGAGGAGAGAGGAGAACCGUCAAGGAAGAGCAGUAUUUCGUAGAUGAUAAAGUGGUGGCUUGGGGUAAGGAUAAGCACGAAGAGGGUACUAUUCCCAUAAUGCCACGCGGUAAUCAUAAAUUCCCGUUCGAGUUCCGACUUCCGGAGUCUUCUCUUCCUUGCUCUUUCGAAUCAAAAGUGGGAACGAUCAGAUACUAUUUGAGGGUUAUUAUAGAUAUCCCAUAUGCCUCUCCUCCCCAAGGUCUAAAAUACUUUACCAUUAUCGGUCCAAGAAUUGAUGCUACCUCUGAAGCCUAUUUGACUCCUGUAAAUGUUAUCAAAUCGUCUAGCGUCUGUUGCAAUGGACUCUGCUGCUCUUCCGUUCCGAUUCAGUUGGAAGCCACACUAGAAAGAACGGCUUACUGUAGUGGUGAAAAAAUCAAGUUGCGAGCGGAAGUUCAGAACGGAAGUGACGCCAAUGUCUGGCUCGUUUGUAAGCUUAGACAACACGUUGAAUAUAAGAUCACCAAAUAUUCCGUAUUGGGUUUAUUAAAAGAAAGCGUUCAGGAAGUGUGGAAAUAUAAGGGGCCAACAGUUGCGGCUCAUCAUACAACCGAAUUUCGACACCUUGAACAACACCUGCAGUUGCCAGUUUUACCGCCAUCGUUAAAUGAUGUUUGUAAACUUAUAGAAAUUUACUAUGUUCUCAGAGUUAGUGUUGAGAAGGAGAAGUCCGGAGAAGAAUUGCAUGUAGAUUUGCCAAUAGACGUCGCCACUAUGCCCUAUAAGAUAGCUAAUCAUCCUGAUCCGGAGUUGAAAUAUGAAGUAUCUUGCCCAGUUGUAGAAGGUGGAAUGUACAUAUCUCCCGAAUUUCAAUUGGGUCAAGUCUAUGACGGUUCGGAUCACGAUCAUGCUCACGAUAUAAUAUUAUAUAGGCGUUUAAAGAUUUUCUUAGAAACUCUAACUAAUUAUAAUAAAAAAAGUCUACAUAUCAAAUCCUUAGUUUUCAUUAGACUGCAAAGUCACGAAGCCAAUCAACAACCGCCUGUUUACGUGUGCAUUCCAACCGAACAAGUUCAAGUUUCGUCUUGCAGUAAUAAUCAUUCACAAGAUGGCGCUGCUGAGAUGACCAGUGUUUGA